AUGCUUCAGAAGAUAUUCCUCGUGCUCCUUGUUGGGCUGUUUUCCAUUGUUACCUCGCUUCCUGUCGAGGCCCCUGAGCCAUCUGAUGGGAACCCGAUUUACCAGAAAAUCAUUCCAAAAGAGAAAGUUGUAGCUGAGGCAGAUGAAGCAGCAUGA